AUGGCCGAACCGUCUUCCCCGUUGCUGUCUUCACUGCCUUUUCGCAACACUAGGAACUUGCACCUUUUGUGUGCCGUCGGCAUGAUGCUCGCCUCGGCUUUAGCGGACGACGUGCCUCCUGUCUUUAUAUUCGGGGAUUCAACGUUCGACGUGGGGACUAACAAUCAUAUACAUUCCGGGGCGACAGCCAACUUCCGCUAUUACGGGAUCGAUUUUCCUUACUCCCUGCCAACGGGGAGAUUCAGUAACGGAUACAACAGUGCCGACUUAAUAGUGAGGCAGCUGGGCUACGAGGAAAGUCCACCACCUUUUCUGGCUCUUGUCCUAGAUAAUUCAACCUUCCAAAGCAAUAUACUUCGAGGUGUUAACUUUGCCUCAGGCGGCGCUGGAAUUCUUGAUGGAACUGGAAAUCGAACGUGGGGUGAAGUGAUACCGAUGGCGCAACAAGUGCAACAAUUUGCGACGGUUCAGGGCAAUAUCACAUGGCUACUGGGUCAAAAUGAAAGUGCCAAGUUCUUCAACAGCUCGCUCUUCUUCAUCAGUGUCGGAAGCAACGACAUCUUCGAUCACUACCUUUACGACAAUGCCACGGUGUCCCAGCCAGAGCUGAUGGCCGCUCUCCAGUCUAACUACACAGCCCACCUGACGCUCCAAGGCAUGAUAUACUCGCUUGGAGAUGCAUAUAACAUGACCUCUACCCUUAUGGACGUUCCUCCUGUCCUUGGCAUCGAGAACAUAGAAGAAGCAUGCUGCGGAAGUGGGCUUCUGAAUGCAGCGGGCCCAUGCAACAUCACGCAAGACCCCAAAUUGUGCCCGAACCGCUACAAAUACUUGUUCUGGGACUGGUUCCACCCGACCCAGUACGUAGCCCAGAAAGCCGCCAUCGCUCUCUUCACCGGGGACCUGAGGUUCGUAUCGCCAAUGAACUUCAGCCAGUUGGCCCAGGCCAGCGCGUGA